AUGCGGUUCGUGCGACAAGCGACGAUAAUCAAAGUGAUAAAUUUUGACGAUAAAACACGAGUAACGUCCGAGAAAGAAAUACGCAAGCGUGGAAACAUGCUGCCGACUACUAUACGCGGUAUCAUUUGCGGUCCUUCGAAUUAUGAAACAAGAUGGUCGAGUAGGUUGUUAUUCAUUAAUAACAUUGAAAGCCUUUUUGAUAGACUUGAUGAAGAAGAAAAUCGAAGACAAGAAAUACUCUCUGAAAAACUUGCGAGAACUGGAUUUCAAACAACUCAUUUAGAUGACUUAGUUGAAUGGGCCUCAAGCAGUGGAGGUACUUCUCAUGGUUUUAGUCAAAAAAGUGCGGGAGGUCAAUCAAAUAUUUCAGAAGAGUGGGGGCCAGAAGCUGGUCCAUCAUCAGCAAAGCGUUCAAGAGGAACAGUUAAUAUUUUUAAUGAUGAAAAGGUAGUGGCAGCACUUGACAAAAGUAAAGUAAGCAACAGAAAUGCUGUUCAUUUGGUUGCGGCUAUAGUUCAAGCUUUGGGCACUGAUGUGACGACUUUAGCAUUAAAUACUUCAUCAAUCAGAUUGAGCAGACAGAAAAUACGUGCACGGAGAGCUGAGAAAGUAAAAAGCUAUUUUAAUACCUUAGAAUUAAAGGCUCUUGUUGUACAUUAUGAUGGAAAACUGAUGCAAGAUAUCAAUACCAAGAGUAAAACUGAAAGAUUGCCUGUUGUUGUGGCAAAUGGUCAAAUUGAGAAAAUCCUUCAUGUUCCAGCAUUAAAUGAUAGUAAAGGUGAAACCCAAGCAGAAGCAGUUUAUGAAGUAUUAAAUGAUUGGGGGCUUACGAAAUCUGUCAAAGCUAUCUGCUGUGAUACCACUGCAUCCAAUAUGGGCAUCAAAAAUGGCUCUGCUGUUUUAUUGGAAUCGUUGUUGAUGACUGAUAUCUUAUUUUUACCAUGCAGGCAUUAUAUUUUUGAAUUAGUGUUGCGUUGUGUGUUUGAAAAUAACCAACCUGAAACAACUGGACCAAAUGUCCCGCUUUUUAAAAAUUUCCAACAAAAUUGGAAAAAUAUUGAUCAGAGCAAAUACAAAAGUGGAAUAGUUGAUAAAAAAGUAAGAAAUUCUGUAACCUGUGAUGACGUUGACCGAAUAAGCACAUUUGUAAAACUCACUUUAGAGACACGACAACCUCGUGAUGAUUACAAAGAGUUUUUGGAGUUGACACUCAUUUAUUUAGGAUGUACUCCAUCAGACAAAGUUUCCUUUCAUAUUCCUGGAGCUUAUCACCAUGCGCGUUUCAUGGCAAAGAGGCAUGGUUUACAUGCGGAAUUGCAGCCAGAGCACCAAAUCACGACCUUCAAUUCCUAA